ACUCCAGUGUGUACCUACUGCAAACAAUUUCAUAUGGAUGGAAAGUCAUGGCUUUUGACUUCAUCAACAUUACCAAUAUUUCUGCAAGGGAUCAUAUGGGCAAAGAGCCUUUAAAAUGGCCAUUGCCACAAGGCAUAAUGCUGAAAUCAUCUCAUCACCCUAACAUCCCAUCAUCUCUACCAGUAUAAAUCUCAUAGCAGCACUGGUUAUGGAAUACCGACCUAUUCCUGACUUUCAGCCUCAUCUAAAUUCUCUUCCAUACCAAGCAGAGAGUGACACCAUGCGGAUUCCCAGCUCAGAAAAUACAGAAGCUGUAACUAAUGUCCUGAAAGACAAGCCUUAUGCUGCCAAACAUCAUAUUGCUGUCUGUAAACAGGAGAGCCUGUCAUUCAUAGAACUGCCUCACCUUUGGGUUAAUGGCCAGAUGGAUUAUACUUCAUUUCAUGAUCCUGUAGAUGGGCAAGGAUUCAAUAAAAUCAAUGGGAAGGACACAUUAAUCACUACAUGUUGGAAUAAACCAAAAGAGAGUACAGAGAAGCCAGACCAUACAUUUAAAAUGUUAUCUUUAACUAUGGAUAGGCAGUUUCCAGAGGGGGAAAAAACUUGUGAUUUCAAUGCUUCUAGUGGGAGUGGCACAUGCAGUAAAGUGGAAGAUGUGAUGCUGCAAGGGAUUGUGGGUACACCUGCUCUUGAAAGCAAGCAGACAGUCAGCAAGGCUGACAGCUGGUCUUGUGAGACUUGUGCAAAUGAACCUGAAUUAUUUUCUUCUACAAAAAGUGACUCUUCAGUCUGUGAAUUUCUUGUAAGGCCCAGAAGUCCAGAGCAGGAAGGCAGACAGAGACGGAGUUCACAGGGAUUGGAUAAAGAGAAAUUGACAUGGAGGAAGAUGAAGGUGUACUCUCCUGAGAGCCUGAGUGAUGAAUCAUUAAGCAGCCCGAGUCUGGAAUGUGAAAACAUUUUCUCAGCUGCUGUGUUUUAUGAUGACUUAAAAAGCAGUGACUUAUUAGAUGAUGAUUGUGAUGAUGAUGGUGGUGAUGAUGAGCAUACACUGGAGGAAACAAAACUCUCCAAAGAGAAGGUCUUACCUGAAGCUACAAAUGUAGCAGAAAUCUCAGAACUCUUGGGUACGGAGGCAGCUAGUCAGAACUACAAAGGAGUGGAGCAGGAGAGGAGGAGAUUUUCUGCCUCAGAGCUCAUCAACAAGUUGCAACUUACACAAAGGCGCACCAAUUUUUCCUUAAAGCUGGGCAAGUCUUUGUCUACAAAAAUUACUGCAAAGGAAAAAGGAACACACCUGAACCAGGAGGGCAGACGUGCUCGAAGAGAAAGGAGUUUCACUGUUGCUACUGCAGAAGGCACUGCGUCAGUUCUGAGCUUACAGCAUCCACCAAUAGUUCCAUCAGCUGAACAAGUAAGCGUAAGGCUGAGGCAUGAAUCACUGGAUGACAACUCAUGCAGUUCAUGUAUAAAGUAUGAAAGAAGACAGUCACGAUUUCUACCAAACUCUGUCUUGUACCAGGAGUACAGUGAUGCUGCAAUUGAUCGAGAGAUCCAGCGACAAAAAUGGGAAGGUACUGUUGUAGAAGAGGAUGAGAUUGUUCCAUCCAAAAGCAAUCUCUCUCCAACAAAUUCAUUUCGAUCCCAACGUUCCUCAAGGGGUUCAGCCUUCUCACUCUGGCAGGACAUUCCUGAUGUCCGGAGCAGUGGACUGCUAGAUAUCAUCAGUAACCAAGAUCGUAAACUUCAGGAGGCCAAGUUUGAACUGAUCACAUCAGAGGCAUCAUAUAUCCGAAGUCUCUCCAUAGCAGUUGAACACUUCAUGAAUUCAAAAGAACUAAAUGAUUGUCUUGGCACUCAAGAAAAACAGUGGCUGUUCUCCAAACUCCCAGAUGUGAAGGAUGUCAGUGAAAGGUUCCUCCAAGAUUUAGAAGACAGACUUGAGAGUGACAUUCUUCGCUUUGAUGUCUGUGACAUUGUGUUAUCCCACUGCCCUGAGUUUCGAAGAGUGUACUUGCCUUAUGUCACAAACCAGGCUUACCAGGAGCAAACAUAUCAGAAGCUGCUACAGGAAAAUACCAAGUUUCCAAGUGUUCUGGCAAAACUUGAGGAAGAUCAGGUGUGCCAGCGCCUGCCACUUACUUCCUUUCUAAUCCUUCCUUUCCAAAGGAUAACACGGUUAAAGAUGCUGGUAGAGAACAUUCUUAAGCAAACAACACAAGGGUCUCGUGAUGAAGAUACAGCCACAAAGGCAUUUAAUGAGCUGAAAAAGAUCAUAAAAGAAUGUAACGCCAGUGUCCAGUCAAUGAAGAGAACAGAAGAGCUAAUACGCCUCAAUAACAAGAUUCAUUUUGAAAGUAAGAUAUUUCCAUUAAUCUCACAAUCACGCUGGCUUGUGAAACAUGGUGAGCUGACUGAGGUGGAUACUCAGUCAAUGAAUGUCUCUGGGUCAAAGUUCAAGCUCUCAACAAGAAUGGUUUACCUUCAUCUCUUUAAUGACUGCCUCCUCCUUUCCAGAAAGAAAGAAACUGGAAAGUUUGCUGUUUUUGUACACGCUAAAAUCCAAGACCUAAAAGUGAAGGAUUUAAGUGUGAAGCUCCAUGGAAUGGCAGGCCACAUCUUUCAUCUUCAGCUUUUUGAGAACCAGCAGCUCAAGUACCAAAUUUUGCUUAAAGCUCUGACUGAAAGUGAAAAGCAGCGCUGGAUCAGUGCAAUGUUUCCAUCCUGUGCAGAACCUGCUGCACUCCAGAUGUCUGAAUCUGAUGAUGCUCCACAGGUUCAGUGUAUAAAGGCUUACAAGGCUCAAGAACAUGAUGAGCUGACCCUUGAGAAAGCAGACAUAAUGGAAGUAAGGGCAAAGACAUCUGAUGGUUGGAUUGAGGGUAUUCGAUUAUCAGAUGGAGAGAGUGGCUGGUUCCCUAAGCAAAAUGUGGAAGAAAUUGUGAGUCGUAAUGCCCGGCUACGCAACUUACGUGAAAAUAACCGUAUCAAAUGUGCUACCCAGAAGUUGGAAGAAGAGCAUCUUUGAAUCCAAGAAAACACUUUCUUGUUUCAAACGUGAAGAAUGAGUGUUGCAUACUUGGCUGUGCUGACAUAUUGCAUCCUGUGUCAAAAGUCUGCAUUGCGGCCAUCAAGAUGCCAGUAUAAUGUCAGCUGACUUUUCAACUGCAGCAUUUCAAAGGGGCCAUAUCAAGUGAUCAUUUGUAAAACAAGGCAAUGUUUUGGUAUGAAAGGGAUGUAAAGCACAAUACAAGUUGAAGGCCCACACUGGAGAUGCAUUUGUUGUAUGAGGCUGAGUACCUCAGCGUAACUGCUAACAAUGGUUAUUAAACAAGAAACAAUCAUUAUUUAUCAAUAAAAAGUCACUGAAAACAGCUUCAUGAAUCAGGAGGGAAGUGACCAUAUUUCUUUUAUCCAAAUCAGUUCUAGCAUUGGAUACAGCUCCAAUGAGUCAGAAAAGCCAAUCAGUUACCAUUUGGGAGCAUCAAGCAUCUUUCCUUAUUACACAUGACAUUCAGCUCAAAACUCUUGGCAGAAUCACCAGGCAGUUAGCUAGUUUAAAGAUCCAUUUCUCAUGCAAAUCAUGAAAAGCCAUUACAAAGGAUGGUACUUCAGCAGCUUUGCCAUGUGUUCUCACCUGGGUAGCCGUUGGUCCUAGCCCUCAAUUCACCAUGGUAGAGAUGUGGGGAGUGGACACAGAAUGAGCAAACAGUAUUCGCCAUGAGGCUGCAUAGUUAAUCGUGGAUUUGAUUUGCAGGAUGCUACUGAAAUGUUAUUUUCUGGAUGUCGGCUUUUGUAAACUAUUCCAGCCUUGGGGAAGAGUUGUACUGUUUUGCAUGACAUAAAUAAGUUUUAUAUUAAUGGUUAGCAGAUACAACCUAACCUAUUCUCACUACUGUAUUUCAGAGUUGAAUGUAAUACUCACACACGUAAAACUUAUGUUUAAAUAACUUAUUAAGCAUUAUGUAUUUAUUCAUUUUUAUAUGUUCUGCCCUGCAAAACAAGGCAGAGUGGAUAUUAUUUUUGGCCAGAAGAGGCAGGUUUUAAAACUAAAGUUUAGUCAGAAUGCUACCAGUAUCUGAAUAGAAUAUAUUCUGAUAUGUUUGAUUAUAUAAACUUAAUUAUUUCUCUACCAUAAGAAAAUAAUGACCCGUUUUAAAUUAUUUAGAACAGUAAAAUUUACAAGCACAGAAAAUAUGGGAAUACUAGAACUGCGUCUUGUGGUUGCCCCAGUCAUACUUGAGAAAUAAUAUAUGUAACAUAUGGUAUGCCGCAAGAACAGAAACGUGCAGCAUAAAGCAUAAACAAAGUGCAUUAUUCACAGACAUUUGAAGUGCUCUGUGAAGACCAUAGCUAAGAACACGACCCUUUAUUCUUCUUCUCUUGUGCUCUUAUUGAUUUGAAAAGGGAUCUGGACUGUUAUGUAUUCCAUAAGUUCAGUCACUAAUGCUGUUGUAUUCAUACAGCUGGGGUAAGUAACCCAUUUGCUUUUCUGAUGUCCUGGAGAUGAUGCUUAGGUGUUCCUUUUGAGUGAAAUGAUUAUUCUCUGACAUAGAAGUUGUAAUAUAUGUCAGCAGUGUAUUAUCUCACUGAAUUACCUCAGCUUUACAUUCUUUCUUUAAGGACUCACUGGCAGUGCUAGACGGGGUCUCCUACAGAUAAUGUUGCCAUUGGUCAGUGGUGUGACAAAUAGGAGAAGCAGAGGUCACCAAAUCUGAGAAGGAGGGUCUAGCCUUUGGAUGUGCAACAGCAGUAUAGAGAGAACAUUGAGAGACCACUAAGAAGGUAGCCCACGAAUUAAGUAUUCCCAGACAAAUUAAAUUGAUUGACACUGUCUCCUCCUAUUUUUAGAGCUAGUUACAGUCCCAAAAUGUAAUGAAGAAUUUGUCACUAAAUGUGUUGAUACCUUUGUACCUUCAGUAGAUUAUUUUGCACAUAUAAUUGGCUGCAGCCCUUUCUUAGGCAUUAGAGUGAUACUCUCUAUGAAAGGACUGGUCUUGUUUUCAAAAUUGAACAGAAGCAUUACAUUUACUCAAAAGUUUACCAUUCUUCUUAACAAAUAAUUUGUUACUUCUUGUAGCUGUGAAAGAUUCCAAAUGUGAAAUAAUAUGCCAGCUCCAUCAUAUAACAUGAAUGGCAGGCUAUUAAACUACCUCUUCAAGACCAAAUAAGCACCAAAAAGAGACAUUAUGAGGCAUGCACAUGUAGUAUCUGCUACUGAAUCAUGUAUUCUACUUAAUGUGUACAUUCAUAUAUAACACAGUAAAAGCCUAAGGGAGUUUCUUUUACAGCUGUACACAUGCACAAAAUCUGCCCAUUAAUAAACUUGCUUUAUUUACUAUAAAAUAAACAUUAUACAUUUAGCACAAUAGGUCCCAUGUGCACUAUAUCAGAAUCUGAACUUUCAGAUCUGUUUUUACAUAUUCAGUACAGACCGUAUUUGUGUAAUGUCUGCUGUGUGUGAUACAGGUAUUCACCUGACUGUGCCCUAGAAGGCCCAACCUUACCAUUGAGACAAAAAGUGAAAGAUCCAGCCAGUGAGAGAUGGGAUUUAAUUAUUCAUGCUUGCUCACCCCUCCCAAGGGGAGGGAAUUGGCAUCAUCCUGUCACAGACAUACCGGUUUGGCUAAAACUCAUAAGGUGCAGGUCUUAUACUAGAGAUAUCUGGAGUGAGUAAGGAAGCCAAAGAGUACACGACUCCAGGUGUCUACAGUGUACGGUGAAGCAUACACUUUCACAAGUCUAUAUUAGGGGGCAUUGAAUUGCUCUGUCCUUCUUUCAUGGAGUUAUGUUAGGACAAUAUAAAACAAUCUUCCAGCUCCACAAGACUGACUGCCAUGAUCUAUUCUUUUGGUGUCCUUGGACACUAGGACUCAUAGAAACAAGAGUUAAUGGAAGCCAAAGGGUCAUCACAGCGGUUGGAGCCAAGGUAUUUAAAAUAAACAUCUUGAUGUUUAGAGCAGUUUUCUUCCUGGUAAUAAUCUGUCUAAAGUAGAACCAUUCAAAUCUUCAGAGGAUGUUAGCAUACCGCAUUAUGGUUACACUAUGAUUUAUUAACCAAUCAGAAUGACCAUUCUGACUUGCUGUAAGUUGUGUCAACAAUAAUCAUUUAACAAACAUUUCUAUUUGCCAGUGCCAGGUAAUACCAAAAAUGUGUGAAGACCACGGCAAAUAUUAUACCUAGGUCCAAAGGUAAGUACUAGGCAAUCAAUCUGCAGACUAUUUCAAAUCUAGCCAAAAAAACUAUUCAGAAUUUCCCUCUAGCCUCAAGGAGGGCAAGACAAGAUAGACUGGGACAGAAAUUGAGGCUGCCCAUCCAGUUUUCUAGGUUUACCAUAAAGGUGGCAAGGGUGCUUCUCUGCUUGGCAUGUAGUGGAAGUUUGUUCCAGGAGUGAGGAAUAUUUUGGGAUUUGAACCUAUCGUACCAAUGUGUCUUAUUUAUCUGCUGCAGAAGGACUAGUUCCUUUAACCAAGUAUUUGAAGUACCAUUAGUUCCAGGAAGGAAUAUAACAAUAAAUAUGGUUGGAUCUUUCAUGGCAUGAAAGGCUAGCUAUAGCUCUCCAUGGAGGAGUUUAUAAGAGACUGAGUACAGAGAAAAAGCAGCCAGUCUCUACUGAUUACUAAGAGGCCACAGAUCUUUUUUAUGAAUCUCUGAGGUCUCAGGUUGUGUGAUGUGUUUAGAUAAAUACAUACCAAGAGGUACAUUAUACUCAUUAAUCUAUCUGAUAAGAUAUGAGUAAAGAGGAAUUAAGACUUCUCUGGAUCAAGUGGCGAUGCCUUUGGAAAUUAGAUGGGCUAGAUAAAAGGCUUUCCAAACUACUGUGGAGACAUAAUGGCCAAAUGGUAAGGAAUUAUCAACAAGAGUACCCGGAUCCCUUACAACAGUGUCUGACCGAAGAGGUACAUCUCCUAUAUGGUAAGCAAAUUUACCAAAAUGAGCUAUCCUACAUUUUUUUACACUUAAUUUGAGACCAUUGUCCUUGCACCAGUUUUUAACAUGGUCUAAGCCUGGUUGGAGCAAUUGUGAGUCAGUUGAAGAUCGAAUAACACCCAAUUUAUAGUC